GGUUAUGUUAUACUGUGUUAAUUUAAUUUUGCUGUAAAUUAGUUGUACCAGCGCGAGUUGUCUACGAUACGUAUUUUGUAGUUUUCGCCCCGUAAAUAGAUAUGCUCCAGCUUUCGUUGACUGUUCGAAGCUGUAACGAGAAAGGUUCUCACUGGUACUAGCUUGUGAGCACACAACAACAAGUCACUAGAGGCAGUGUGUGUGAAGAUGGAGCCCGGAGAGGUGUGUGUGAAGACGGAGCCCGGAGAGUUGUGUGUGAAGGAGGAGUGUGAGGACAGCGCCGGGCACGGAGUGAGCGCGGCGGCUGCGCAGGCCGGACUGUAUGUUGAUCAUGUGGUCAAGGACGAGCUCGUGCUGGGCCCCGAGGAGUGGCAUCGCCCUCAAGUGCUCUCUUUACAAAUGUGUUCGGACGGCAGCGCCGCCCGCGCCAGGGAACAGCUCGCGAUGGCUUGUUCCGUGGUGCUCGAGCGCCUCCGCGACGACGCGAAUGUUCACAAAUGUAGCUACUGUGAUCGCAAAUUCAGUUGCAAAUCAUCCUUAAAAGCACACAAGAGGAUACACACCGGAGAGAAGCCGUACACUUGUAGUCAUUGCGACUACAAGUUCAGUCAAAGUUCAGACUUACGAAGACAUGAAAGGACACAUACUGGCGAGAAGCCUUUUCAGUGUAGCCACUGUGAUUACAAAUGCAGUCGGAAGUCACACUUACAACAACACCUGAAGAUACAUACUGGAGCGAAGCCAUUUCAGUGUAGCCACUGUGAUUACAAAUGCAACCAAAAGUCACACUUACAAAGACACCUGAGUAUACAUACUAGGGCGAAGCCAUUUCAGUGUAGACACUGUGAUUACAAAUGCAGUCGGAAGUCAUACUUACAAAGACACCUGUUGAUACAUACUGGUGCGAAGCUAUUUCAGUGUAGCCACUGUGAUCACAAAUUCAGUCGGAAGUCAUACUUACAAAGACACCUGUCGAUACAUACUGGGGCGAAGCCAUUUAAGUGUAGCCACUGUGAUUACAAAUUCAGUCGGAAGUCAUACUUACAAAGACAUCUGUUGAUACAUACUGGGGCGAAGAUAUUUCAGUGUGGCCACUGUGAUCACAAAUUCAGUCGGAAGUCAUACUUAAAAAGACACCUGUUGAUACAUAUUGGGGCGAAGCCAUUUCAGUGUAGCCACUGUGAUUACAAAUGCAGUCAGAAGUCAAACUUACAACAACACCUGAUGAUACAUACUGGCGAGAAGCCAUUUCAAUGUAGCCACUGUGAUUACAAAUGCAAUACUAAAUCAAGUAUAAAAAAACACCAGGGGAUACACACUGGAGAAAAGCCUUUCAUAUGUAGUCAUUGUGAUUACAAAUUUAGCAAUAAAUCCAACCUGCGACGUCACCAGAAGACGCAUGGGACGAAGCUUAAAAAGCAAUAAUAGCGACUGCAAGUGCAGCCUGAACUUAUAAAGGGAUCGUUCGCGGCGGAGGGUAUGUCGCCUUUUGUCCUAAAACGGGAAAUUUAACCUGACAUUGACACAUCGCAAUAAGCAGGGGGCUCCUGUGCUGCUCCUACAGUACAAACAUAAUGUACUCGUACAAAUGUAAUCACUUAAUAUUAAAAUACAGUGGUGAAGUAUAUUAUAUUAGUGUCGAUCCGCUAGUUAGUGCAGUGAGUGAGCGCUGAGGGCGAAGUGAUCAGGGCUGUAAUUGCGAAAAUCGAAGUUGGCAAAUUGCGGGCAUCUUUCUCUGUCCCUCUAAUUGCGCCUUAAUUGAAGGAAAAGAGAAAGAUACCCGCAAUCUGCGGAGUUUGAUGUUCGCGGUAUGCCCUCAUGUGGCUUCCAAGCCGGAGGUCGUGGGCUCAAACUCCAGACACGAAGUACCACCGACUUUCUUGAGACUUACGGCCAUGGUGCUCACAAAUAUCUGAACACGCCUCUGUUGUCAAGGUGUUAGAGCGCGUGUUCAGAUAUUUUUGAGCACCUCGACAGCUCCGAUAUAGUUUGCUUUCCUUUGUAGUUUGCUUGCUGGAGGAAAAUAUAUCAAAUGAACCUGCAUAUUAAAGUUAUUGAAUGGGUUGUCAUGAGAACAAUAGUCCUAAGUCCUAACCCUCUUAGUUAUGCAGUGAGAUCUACAUCUCCUCCGCUCUUGCUUUAUUGGAGUGACAGAGAUGGAGAUAAUCUACACAAUUCUCGAAGGUCGCGGUGCCAACUGCGGCUUGAGGCCGCUGCGUGUUAGAAUAUGUAGUUUGUAUUUCACUAUUAAUGAUUAGAACUAAUUGAAAAUUGAUUCAUGUGUAGCCUUUAAUAAAAGGUAUAUAUUUAUUUUCCUUACCAUUCCUACACACUCGCUGUCGCAUAGCGCCCUCUCUCUCGA